AUGCUUUGGAAAGUCUGGUUUCUCUCGCUUUUACUGGGAGUAGAAUGUUACACCAUUGCUCAAGAAACUUUGCUACAUCAAGAUUUGUUAAAUGGAUAUAACAGAAGAAUUCGACCAGGAGCAGAUAGAACUACGCCAGUUAACAUACUCGCCAGCUUUACUUUAGUUACACUCAAAGAAUUUUCCGAGAGUGAUGGUAAAAUUGCAGUAGUCGGUGCCUUUGGAUUUAGUUGGAUAGACGAAAGAUUGGCCUGGAACCCAGUGUCCUACGGUAAUGACCUCUACAGCACUAAAGUAUAUUUCGAGGACAUAUGGGUUCCAAAAUUUGUGAAUUUAAAUCCAUACGAUAACCUAAAACGCGUUGGUCUGGAUGAGAUGGAUUGUGUAUUACAAGAUAGUGGGAGAGUGGAUUUUUACCCGCCAGAUUUGUAUGAAUCCACAUGUGAUGCAGAUGUGACGUAUUACCCAUUUGAUAAACAAAAAUGUUCCUUAUUGUAUUACAUUCCCGGUUACUAUUCUGACGAUAUCAAUAUUUUAGCAGAAUCGUCCAAGUUUCAUAUGGAUCUCUAUGAAAAAAAUGGAUUAUGGGAAGUCACAGAAACAUCCUUUACUAUAGAAACAACUGCUAAGAAUUUUCAAGUCAUUCAUCUCACGAUAUCCAUGACGAGGCGGACAACAUACUACAUAGCUGGCCUUCUUUUGCCAAUUGUUCUCAUGAAUUUCAUACAGCUUUUCGUGUUCCUACUUCCGGUUGAAUCUGGAGAACGUCUGGGAUUCAGCAUUACGGUUCUCCUAGCGGUAGCGGUUUUUCUUACAAUCAUUCAGGAUAAACUUCCGGAAGCUUCAGAACCAAACGUAUCACUUCUUACAUAUAAACUGUUGGUGGAUAUGAUCAUCGGAUGUGGAAUGAUUUUAGCAGUUGUUAUUGGAAUGAGGUUCUAUCACAGGAGCGAUGACAUACGGGUUCCCUGGAUUCUUCGGGGGUUUACACGUUGUUUCUAUUUGUGUUGUACGCAAGUUAACUUGAAGCAGUCAAUCAAACCUGACGAAGUUGUUGAAAUAAAAUCUGAAAAACCAAUCAUGGGAUCUGAUGAAAUACAUAUUAAAUGGAAUGAUGUCGGAAAAGCGUUUGAUAGAGUUUGCAUAACUUUUUUCUUUCUGUCGUUGGUGUUGAAUAAUAUUGUUUACUUCAUAAUAAUAUUUUCUUAA